AAAUACAGUAAAAUGAUACAUUAACCCUUCAUCUCCCACAUCCUAUAAAUCUUCCCAUCUCCUCCGGCUCUGGUGUCCAAGGUUUCUCCAAUCCAGGAUCCUCUGCUGAUAUCUUCUAUAUAAGAGAAUUCUCCUGGAUGACCCAUCAACCAUGGAGAGAGACAGGAACAAGAUGGCCGACAGGAUCAUAAACCUCACCCUACAGAUACUCUUCCGGCUUACUGGAGAGGAUUACACAGUAGUGAAGAAGUCCUCUAGUGGGCGCUGUCAGGCCCCUGUGUGUGAAGGAUGGGGAAGAACCCUGAGCCCAAUCCCGGGGCCCCCACCUCACUCCCUGAUACAUGAGGAAAUGGAUGAACAGAAGAUCCUAGAACUCAUCAACAAGAUGAUGGAGCUGCUGACUGAAGAGGAUUACACAGUAGUGAAGAAGUCCUCUAGUGGGCGCUGUCGGGCCCCUGUGUGUGAAGGAUGGGGAAGAACCCUGAGCCCAAUCCCAGGGCCCCCACCUCACUCCCUGAUACAUGAGGAAAUGGAUGAACAGAAGAUCCGAGAACUCAUCAACAAGAUGAUGGAGCUGCUGACUGGAGAGGUUCCUAUAAGGUGUCAGGACGUGGCGGUCUAUUUCUCCAUGGAGGAGUGGGAGUAUGUAGAAGGACACAAGGAUCAGUACAAGGAUCAGGUCAUGAUGGAGGAUCAGCAGCCCCUCACAUCACCAGUCAGAUCCAGUAAGAGAACAGCACCAGAGAGGUGUCCCCGUCCUUUUGAUGAGCAGAAUAUGGAGGUCAUUACUACAGGGAAAGAUCUGAUCUAUAUUAAGGCUACAGACAUAAAGGAAGAAGAAGAAGAGACAGAUGUGAGCGGUGAUGAGCAGUAUAAGGAGGACAUUCAUACAGAUAACCGCACAGAUAAUUGUACCAGGAGAUCAGAGGAGAAUCUUAUAUCUUCAGAUUAUAAAGCAGAUGAUGAUAUCACACAAGAUACAUAUGAAGAACAUUCCAUUAUCCCAGAUACACCCUCAGCCCUUCACAGCCAAGAUCUGUCAUCUCAUCCUUAUAUACAGGUCCUGUCUUCUCAGUCAUCACAGGAUGUUCAGCAAAAUAAAAGUCACAGAAGGGGUGCUGGACAUCAAAGACAUUGUGCAGGGAAGAAGCAAUAUUCAUGUUCAGUAUGUGGAAAAUGUUUUACUUCUAAAUCAAGUCUUGUUGAACAUCAGAGAACUCACACAGGGGAUAAACCAUUUUUAUGUUCAGAAUGUGGAAAAUGUUUUACUUUUAAAUCACGGCUUGUUAGACAUCAGAGAAUUCACACAGGAGAGAAGCCAUUUGUAUGUUCAGAAUGUGGAAAAUAUUUUACUCAGAAAUCACAUCUGUCUGAACAUCAAAAAAUUCAUAUUGGAGAGAAGCCAUUUUCAUGUUCAGAAUGUGGAAAAUGUUUUACUCAGAGAUCACAUCUGUCUGAACAUCAAAAAAUUCAUAUUGGAGAGAAGCCAUUUUCAUGUUCAGAAUGUGAAAAAUGUUUUACUCAGAGAUCACAUCUGUCUGAACAUCAAAAAAUUCAUAUUGGAGAGAAGCCAUUUUUAUGCUCAGAAUGUGGAAAAUGUUUAACUUCCAAAUCAUGGCUUGUUCAACAUCAGAGAACCCACACAGGAGAGAAGCCAUAUUCAUGUGCAGAAUGUGGAAAAUGUUUUACUCGAAAAGCAAGUCUUGUUGUACAUCAGAGAACUCACAAAGGAGAAAAGCCGUUUUCAUGUUCAGAAUGUGGGAAAUGUUUUACUCAGAAAUCACAUCUUGUUACACAUCAAAGAACUCACACAGGGAAAAAGCCAUUUUCAUGCUCAGAAUGUAGAAAAUGUUUUACUCAGCAAUCACAUCUUGUUACACAUCAAAGAACUCACACAGGAGAGAAGCCAUUUUCAUGUGCAGAAUGUGGGAAAUGUUAUACUGAGAAGUCAAGUCUUGUUCAACAUCAAAGAACUCACACAGGGGAGAAGCCAUUUUUAUGUUCAGAAUGUGGGAAAUGUUUCUCUCACAAAUCAAGUCUUCUUCAACAUCAAAGAAUUCACACAGAGGAGAAGCCAUUUUCAUGUGCAGAAUGUGGGAAAUGUUUUACUCAGAAAUCAGACCUUGUUGUACAUCAAAGAACUCACACAGGAGAGAAGCCAUUUGCAUGUGCAGAAUGUGAAAAGUGUUUUGCUAAUAAAUCACAUCUUAUCAGACACCAACAGGCUCAUACAGGAAAGAAACCAUAUUCAUGCUCAGAAUGUGGGAAAUGUUUUACUUUUAAAUCACGUCUUGUUACACAUCAAAGAACUCACACAGGAGAGAAGCCAUUUUCAUGUUCAGAAUGUGGGAAAUGUUUUACUUUUCAAUCAAGUUUUGGUAAUCAUCAAAGAACUCACACAGGAGAGAAGCCAUUUUCAUGUUCAGAAUGUGGAAAAUGUUUUGCUCAGAAAUCAGAUCUUGUUAAACAUCAAAGAAUUCACACAGGGAAGAAGCCAUUUUCAUGUUCAAAAUGUGGAAAAUGUUUUACUCAGAAACAACAUCUUAUUGGACAUCAAAUAACUCACACAGGAGAGAAGCCAUUUUCAUGUUCAAAAUGUGGGAAAUGUUUUACUUAUAAAUCAAGUCUUGUUAAACAUCAAAGAACUCACACAGGGGAGAAGCCAUUUUUAUGCUCAGAAUGUUGGAAAUGUUUUACUAAGAAAUCAAUUCUUGUUCAACAUGAAAGAACUCACACAGGAGAGAAGCUGUUCUCAUGCUCAGAAUGUGGGAAAUGGUUUACUAAUAAAUCACAUCUUGCUGUACAUCAAAGAACUCACACAGGGGAGAAACCAUUUUCAUGUUCAGAAUGUAGAAAGUGUUUUACUGACCAAUCAAGUCUUGUUAAACAUCAAAGAACUCACACAGGGGAGAAGCCAUUUUCAUGUUUAGAAUGUGGUAAAUGUUUUACUGACAAAUCAAGUCUUGCUAAGCAUCAAAGAACUCACACAGGGGAGAAGCCAUUCUCAUGCUCAGAAUGUGGGAAAUGUUUUACCCAGAAAUCAAGUCUUGAGAGACAUCUAAGAAUUCACACAGGAGAGAAGAAACCAUAUUCAUGCUCAGAAUGUGGGAAAUGCUUUAUUUCUAAAUCAAGUCUUGUUAGACAUCAGAGAUAUCACACAGGAGUGAAGUCAUUUUCAUGUUCAGAAUGUGGGAAAUGUUUUCCUUUUGAAUCAGGUCUUAUUGUACAUAAAAGAACUCACACAGGGGAGAAGCCAUAUUCAUGUUCAGAAUGUAGAAAAUGUUUUACUCAGAAAUCACAUCUUGUUCAACAUCAAAGAACUCACACAGGGGAGAAGCCAUUUUCAUGUUCGGAAUGUGAGAAAUGUUUUACUGAUAAAGCAAAUCUUUUUAAACAUCAGAGAUGUCACACAGUGGAUAAACCAUUUUCAUGUUCAGAAUGUGGGAAAUAUUUUACUGAGAAAGCAAAUCUUCUUAAACAUCAAAGAACUCACACAGGGGAGAAGCCAUUUUCAUGCUCAGCAUGUGGAAAAAGUUUUACUUACAAAUCAACUCUCGUUGAACAUGAAAAAUCUCACACAGAUAAGAAGCCAUUUUCAUGUUCAGAAUGUAGGAAAUGUUUUACUAAAAUAUCAAAUCUUAAAAAACACCAAAGAACUCACACAGAGGAGAAGCUAUUUUCAUGUUCAGAAUGUGGGAAAUGUUAUACUCGGAAACCAAACCUUAUAAGUCAUCAAAGAACUCACACAGGAGAGAAACCAUUUUUAUGCUCAGAAUGUGGGAAAUGUUUUACUUGGAAAUCAGCUCUUCUUCAGCAUCAAAGAACUCACACAGGAGAGAAGCCAAUUCAGAGCAGUAAAUGAUGCAGACAACACAUCUAUAUAUUACCAUGUACAUAGGAUAUCUGACAUUUAUACAUAUAUCAUAUACUGCAUCUCCAAACUUGUUACCAAUUGUUAAUAAACGUUUUCUUUUAGAACGUAGUCACCGAUCCAGCGAUGUCAUGUCAUACAGCUCAGCUACAUGUGUAUAUAUAUAUUUUUUUAAGUAUUAACUUUUUUGUUUUGCAUACAAUAAAGAAAUACAACAAGAAAGUGUAACAAGUAG